AUGGGCCCCUUCCCAUGCUCCAACUUCCCCUCCAGGCCUGUGGAAAAUAUAAUGAAGGCCCUCUACAAGUGGACUCUAGAGGAGGACAUCGCGGCCAAGGAGAAGCUGCUGCGGGCGUCGGAGGACGAGCGGGACCGGGUGCUGGAGGAGCUGCACCGGGCCGAGGACAGCCUCCUGGCCGCCGACGAGACCGCCGCCAAGGCCAACUCCCAGCUGGAAGAUGAGCUGGUGUCGCUACAAAAGAAACUCAAGGGCACUGAAGAUGAACUGGACAAGUACUCCGAGGCUCUCAAAGAUGCCCAGGAGAAGCUGGAACUGGCAGAAAAAAAGGCCACCGACGCUGAAGCCGAUGUAGCUUCUCUGAACAGACGCAUCCAGCUGGUUGAGGAAGAGUUGGAUCGAGCCCAAGAGCGUCUGGCAACAGCUUUGCAGAAACUGGAGGAGGCCGAGAAGGCAGCAGAUGAGAGUGAGAGAGGCAUGAAAGUCAUUGAAAGUCGAGCCCAGAAAGAUGAAGAGAAAAUGGAAAUUCAGGAGAUCCAACUGAAAGAGGCCAAGCACAUUGCUGAAGAUGCCGACCGCAAGUACGAAGAGGUGGCCCGUAAGCUGGUCAUCAUUGAGAGUGACCUGGAACGUGCAGAGGAGCGGGCCGAGCUCUCAGAAGGCCAAGUUCGACAGCUGGAAGAACAAUUAAGAAUAAUGGAUCAGACCUUGAAAGCAUUAAUGGCUGCAGAGGAUAAGUACUCUCAGAAGGAAGACAAAUAUGAGGAAGAGAUCAAGGUCCUUUCUGACAAGCUGAAGGAGGCUGAGACUCGGGCUGAGUUUGCAGAGAGGUCAGUAACUAAAUUGGAGAAAAGCAUUGAUGACUUAGAAGACGAGCUGUACGCUCAGAAACUGAAGUACAAGGCCAUCAGCGAGGAGCUGGACCACGCUCUCAACGAUAUGACUUCCAUAGAAAGUGGCUCAUGCCAAAGAAGAAAACCUUAGUAUGCAUCAGAUGCUGGAUCAGACUUUACUGGAGUUAAACAACAUGUGAAAACCUCCUUAGCUGCGACCACACUUUCAUGUUGUUUCUGUUGUUUUUUUGUUUUAUUUUGUUUGGGUUUUUUUUUAACACUAUGCUUACCAUGAAACCCCUUAACUGCAUUACCACUGUCACAGAAACAUCCACAGAUACUGGCUACAUCAGAGGUGGGGAACACACACACACACGCGCACACACACACAGAGGCAGGCCCGUGUCAGAGGGACCAUGAUUUAAAUGUGCCAUUUCCCAGGUUGACGUUGCCACACUUCAUAGAGGGUCUGGCAACACAGUCUAGGAAUCCUCACUAAAUCAGACAGGUUUCCACUCAAAGUGCCAACGCUACAUUCAACAGGAAGAUUGCUGUUGGAAACGAUCAGGUGUGGAUUGGUGCUACUUGAAACAAAAGGUCCCACUGUGGUCUUUCGUUCAAUAUUGUACAAUUUAGAAUUCUGUCCAACACUAAUUUAUUUUGUCUUGAGCUUUACUAUGAGAUGAGACUAUGGAUUCUGUAUGCCUGAAUUCACCAAAGCCAAGGGUUUGUAAGCCACACUGCUCUUUUAAGACUUCUGUUUCCUUCUAAUCGGCACACUUGGAGCGCAUUUCAACUCGUAGGAUAGCAGUCCAUGUGGAUGGAUUUCCACUCUAUUUCUCCAUGUUAAAGUGAAAAUUUUGGCACUAUAUACAAUUGAUAAACAUUUUCUUAAGAGUUAUAACUACAGUAGUCUCCCCCCUUAUCCACGGGGCAUAUGUUCCAGAACCCCUAGUGGAAACCUGAAACCGCAGACAGUACUGAACCCUGUGUACGAUGUUUUUUCCUGUACGUACUCACCUUCUCACUUAAAGGGAGCGCUUUACGGCUUCUCUUUGGCAGUUCCAAAUUGACAGCAUCACACUACUCUUGCACUUUGGGGCCAUUAUUAAGUAAAAUAAGGGUCACUUAAACACAAGCACUGCAAUACUGAGACAGUCGAUCUGAUAACCAAGAUGACAACUAAGUGCCUAACCGGCAGGGAGCAUAGAGUAUGGAGACGCUGGACAAAGGGAGGAUUCACGUUCUGGGCGGGACAAAACGGGACAGCGCAAGAUUUCAUCAUGCUACUCAGAACGACGCUUGAUUUAAAACUUAUGAAUUGUUUAUUUCUGAAAUUUUUCAUUUAAUAUUUUCCAACCGUGGUUGACCGCAGUUAACUGAAACUGAGGACCGGGAACCCGUGGAUAAGGGGGGACUACUGUAUAUAUAAACAUUGUAUAAUGAUAUGGAAUAAAAUGCACAUUGUAGAACAUUUUCUAAA